UUGAGAUCCAAAUAAUAAAGUAAAGAGAAACAAAGUGACGGUAACAAAAAUCAUUGAGAAAAGAAAACCCUAAAAAAAUUUCUAGGGUUACCACCAAAAAUUUGAUUGUAGUGUUUGUUUUCAGCUAUCAAAGCCCUAACUCUAAAUCAUCGUCGUCCUCCUCAAAGCAAUCGCUAUUCUCUGAAGUAAGAAAGUUUCAUUCAUCUAUGGCGGAUGUUGAGAAUCAACAGGAUUCUUCGUUUCCUGUGAAGCGGAAAUCUGAUCUCUUUUGCCAAGACCAGGAUAAUGUAUCAAACAAGUCUCAAAAGCUCAAUCCUUCAUCGAAUUCUGCUGAUUCUGACUCCAAAGGCGGAGAAACCAAUGGAACUGGCGUCGAGAAUCUUAAUUCUUCCACCGAGGACAAGAUUGGGGAUGAAUCAUCGGUUUUAACGGAGAAAGCAGCUGAAAAGGUUGAUAAUGGCGUAAUCGGAGAUUUUGGAGCUGAAGAAGAACAACAACAAGUUGGAGAUGAAGAAGAUGAAGAGGAAGACGACGAGGAAGAAGAAGAAGAAGAAGUAGAAGAGGUUGAUAGGAAAGGUAAAGGGAUUUCGAGAGAGGAUAAGGGGAAAGGCAAAUUGAUUGAAGUGGAUGAUAGUGAUGACGAAGACGAUAGUGAUGAUGACGAUGACGAAGGUUUUGAUGAAGAUGACGAAAGUGAUUUCUCCGAUGAUCCUUUGGCUGAGGUUGAUUUGGAUAAUAUCCUUCCGUCGAGGACUAGGAGACGAUCAAGCCAGCCUGGAGUUUACAUCUCCAAUGAAGUGUGUAACCGUGGCGGAAACGACGAGGAUGAUGAUAGCAGUGAUGAUAGUGAUGCUUAAAGAAAACCUUAAGUUUAUAACGAGGUUAGUGUUAAGGAAAAUCAAAAUUUAGUCCUUUGAUUCUAAAGAGGGUUUGUCUCUGUUCAGUGAUUCUUCUUGGUUAUAAUCUAAUGUUGCAAACGCUUGGACCAAACUGGCUUAUUAUAUAGUAUAUCUUUUGGUGUUCUUGCAAUCUAA